UCAAUUCAAUCCUCUUCUUUCUUCUCAGUACCAUAAGAUUUUCCUCGCUGAAGCAAGAAAAUCUGACCUUUUUUUUUCUGUUUAUUACAAUGAGAGACUUUGCCUCUUGUUUCAGUGAAUAUGCUGUACAAGUUUCUGAUAGCGCUUCUUGUUCUAGUUAUGCAAAUACUUCUUGCAUCUCUCAAAAUUUGAUCCCUUCAGUCCAGAAUGCGGUGACUUGUUUAUACAAAACCAUUCUUUCUAAUCAGAAUCAAUUAGUCAUCAGAGUUGCAUGGUCAAAGAACUCUGCUUCUCAAGGCCUGAGCAUACACUUUGGUGAUGAUCCAUCCAAUUCUUUCAAGCUCAAUACGAAUUCUCGGUUGUUCAGGAAGAAGAAAGGCAGUAAAUGUUGUGAAUUCAAUGAUUACAAAGUUGAAGUCUUUUGGGAUCUCUCUGCAGCCAGGUACAAUACAGGCCCUGAACCGAUUGAUGGAUAUUAUGUUCUGGUCACGGUUGAUUCACAACUUUGCUUAAUUCUUGGUGAUAUGGCUGAAGAAGCAUCUUCGAAAAAGCUGAAAAGCGCCACCCCGGUUGCUAAAUCUUCGCUAGUUUCAAGGCAAGAGCACUUCUCCGGCAAUACCCUGUAUUCAACCAAGGCUCAAUUUUGUGAUACAGGCACUUGUCAUGAUAUUCUGAUAAGGUGCAGUGGUGAAAAUGAAGGGUUAAAGCAUCCAGUUUUAUCAGUUUGCAUUGAUAAAAAGAUGGUAACUCGAGUUAAGAGGCUGCAGUGGAAUUUCAGAGGAAAUCAGACCAUAUUUCUUGAUGGUUUAUUGGUUGAUCUCAUGUGGGAUGUUCAUGACUGGUUCUUCAAUCCGGCUUCCGGAUAUGCUGUUUUCAUGUUCAGAACAAGAAGUGGGAUGGAUAGUAGAUUGUGGUUGGAGGAAAAACUUGUGCAGAAGGAUCAAGAUAAAGUUGAUUUCUCAUUGUUGAUCUAUGCUUGUAGGUGCCCAUAACACGUGGUAUUCCUGAUUUUCUCCCUUUUCUGUUUUUAUAUUUUUUUUCCUUUCCUUUUUUUUUUUUACUCGUGAAGGGAGUAGAAAUCUCAUUCUUUGGAUCUUGGUAAACUUACAAUUACUUGAUGAUAAGUGAAGAAUCUUGUUGAA